GUUCCUGUAAGGUGUCAGGAUGUGGCGGUCUAUUUCUCCAUGGAGGAGUGGGAGUAUGUAGAAGGACACAAUGAUCUGUACAAGGAGGCCAUGAUGGAGGCUCCCCGGCCUCUGACAUCACCAGAUGGAUCCAGGAAGAGAAAUCCCCCCAAAAGAUGUCCCCAUCCUCUGUAUUCCCAGGACUGUCCAGAGGAGAAGCUCCCAGAGAACCAUCAGAAAAUCUCAAGAAUUCUGAGGAAAAUGUCAUAUUAACAGUAGACUAUAAAGAAAAAGAUGAAGAUAUCGGGCAGCGCUCUUCAGAAGAAAACCUAAUUACCUGUAAUGUACAUCAAGGACUUAACUGUACAGACCCGUCAUAUAAUCCUCCUAAUCAUGAGGAACCUGCUCCUGACCAAUCACAGAUUGUUACCACAAUUAUUGGGCAGGAAGGGGGUAAAAGGUUUAAUUGUGGGGAAUGUGGAAAACAGUUAAAAAACAGAACCACUCUUUAUGCCCACAGAAAAAUUCACAUUGGAGAGAAAGCAUUUUCAUGUCCAGAAUGUGGAAAAUGUUUUACAAAAAAAGGAAAUCUUGUUAGACAUGAGAGAAUUCACUCAAGAGAGAAGCUAUUUGCAUGCUCAGUGUGUUCAAAAUGCUUUUCAAAUAAACCCGCUCUUGUUAUACAUGAGAGAAGUCAUACUGGAGAGAAACCAUUUUCAUGUUCAAUAUGUGGGAGCCGCUUUAUAUGUAAAUCAAGUCUUACUAAACAUGUGAGAACUCACACAAGAGAGAAGCCAUUUGCAUGCUCAGUGUGUUCAAAAUGUUUUUCAAAUAAACCCGGUCUGGUUAUACAUGAGAGAAGUCACACAGGAGAGAAGCCAUUUUCAUGUUCAGAAUGCGGGAAAGGUUUUACAAAUAAAUCAGAUCUUAUUAAACAUCAGAGAUAUCACACAGGAGAGAAGCCGUAUCCAUGUUCAGAAUGCGGGAAAAGCUUUGUUACAAAAACCAAACUUAAAGAUCAUCAGAGACUUCACACAGGGGAGAAGCCAUAUUCAUGUUCGGUAUGUGGGAAAUAUUAUGGAACAAAAGCCAUACUUAAAAUACAUCAGAGAAUUCACACUGGAGAGAAACCAUUUUUAUGUUCAAUAUGUGGGAGGCGAUUUAUAUGUAAAUCAAGUCUUACUAAACAUGUGAGAAAUCACACAAGAGAGAAGCAAUUUGCAUGCUCAGUGUGUUCAAAAUGUUUUUCAAAUAAACCCUGUCUGGUUAUACAUGAGAGAAGUCACACAGGAGAGAAGCCAUUUUCAUGUUCAGAAUGCGGGAAAUGUUUUAAAAGGAAAUCAGAACUUGUUGCCCAUCAGAGAAAACACACAGGAGAGAAGCCGUAUUCAUCUUCAGAAUGUGGGAAAUAUUAUGGAACGAAAGCCAUACUUAAAGAACACCAGAGAAUUCACGUUGGAGAGAAACCAUUUUCAUGUUCAAUAUGUGGGAGCCGCUUUAUAUGUAAAUCAAGUCUUACUAAACAUGUGAGAAAUCACACAAGAGAGAAGCAAUUUGCAUGCUCAGUGUGUUCAAAAUGUUUUUCAAAUAAACACGGUCUCGUUAUACAUGAGAGAAGUCACACAGGAGAGAAGCCAUUUUCAUGUUCAGAAUGCGGGAAAGGUUUUACAAAUAAAUCAGAUCUUGUUAAACAUCUGAGAUAUCACACAGGAGAGAAGCCGUAUCCAUGUUCAGAAUGUGGGAAAAGCUUUGUUACAAAAACCAAACUUAAAGAUCAUCAGAGACUUCACACAGGGGAGAAGCCAUAUUCAUGUUCAGUAUGUGGGAAAUGUUUUGCAAAGAAAUCAUAUCUUAGUAGACAUGAGGAAAUUCACAUAGAUAGAUCAAAUGUAAUUAUAUAUCAAGAAGGUCAAACUGUGCUACUGCAAGUGCUAUAAAGAUAUAUUGAGUUUUAU